GCGUCCCAAGAUGGCGUCGUGGUUGCCGGAGACACUGUUCGAAAUUGUAGGACAAGGCCCGGCGCCGAGCAAAGACUAUUAUCAAUUAUUGGUCACCCGCUCUGAGAUAAUUUUUAGAUGGUGGAAGAUAUCUCUGAGAAGUGAGCAUCGAUCAUCAAAACCUGGGGAAACAAAAGAAACUCAUGAAGACUUCCUAGAGAAUUCUCACCUUCAAAUUCAAAUUGCCUUAAUAUUUGGUGCAAGGAUAUUAGACUAUGUCUUCAAUAUGUGUGAAGGUAAAUUUGAUUUCCUCGAACGGCUCUCAGAUGAUUUGCUCCUGUAUAUCAUUUCUUAUCUGGAUCUUGAAGACAUUGCCAGGCUUUCUCAAACAUCACGCAGAUUUGCAAAGCUGUGCACGUCUGAUAUUCUGUGGGAGCAGAUAGUGCAAUCCUCCUGUGACACCAUCACUUCCGACAUGAGGGCCCUGGCAGAGGACAUAGGCUGGAGACACCUGUUCUUCACCAACAAGCUCCAGCUGCAGCGGCAGCUCCGCAAGAGGAAACAAACGCACGACAGCCUCGGAGAGAAUCAGCUGUUUUAG